CUCUUCUCUUCCAUUUGGGGAACAAGAUGUUCGGGCGCGGGAGGCUCCCGAGCUCUCUGGGAUGGCCAGCAUGACAGGGAUCCUUGCGGCCCAUGGGCAGAGGCCGCAGCCGUGGGCCGGGCGGGGCGGCCGGAGCCGUUGGGCGGGGCGGGGCCGAGCCAUGGCGGCGGCCGGCAGGAUGUACGUGCCACCUUAUACAUCUUACAUACCUGUACGCCCACGCAGCAGGAUACAUGUACUUGCAGAACCCAAGCCAGUAUUUUCUGAGAGCAGUCCCAGGCUUGCAUGGGGAGACCAAGAGACGAUAUGGACCCUCUCAUGGGGUGCUUUGACAGCUCGACCAUCUGCAAGAAUAUUGUCUCUGUCCAAGCCCAAGACAGAUUUUAGCAAGUACAAGUGCAGGUCCAGACCAGUAAUUGGUGGGCGUUCCCUGCUAGCAAAGUUUGGCUACCCUUCUGAACGGCUACUGAAGUUGGCUGAACCUAAAAAAUACCUCCCUGCUUACCUGGAGAAAAGAGCCCGUGAGUCCCCUGAGUGGCCCGUGUCCCUGGCUGCACAGAACUAUAAUGCCUCCCAGCGGAUACUGGAGCUUGCCCGGCCAAAGGGGCUGCACCCAGACUUCGUGGAGGCCAGAGAGGUUUCCAGGUUACCUCAGAAGGCAAUUGCCAGCCCUCGGACCAUUGAGCUGUCAAAGCCAAGACAGCUCCAUGCUAAGUACGCGCCCCCGCGGGAUCCUGAGUGGACUGUGACAGAGACUGCCAAGCGCGCCGUGGCUUCACCAAGGGUUCUGGAGCUGGCCCAACCUAGCACAAGACCUCGUAUGGGCUUGACUACACUCAACCCAGAUGCAUUCAGAGUGAAAGAGGCUGCUAAGAAGGCAGUUUGUUCUCCUCGGAUUGAAGAACUAGCUCGACCAAUUCAGCGCUAAGCUCCCUCAGAAACGCCUGCCAUCUGCCCACAUCACCCCUUGGAACAUCACUCUCUGGGCUGUGCUGUGGCUGGAAAAUCUCCUUGAACACAGCACAGAGGCAGCACUCAGCAGGAACAAUUUCUGGGAGUUCAAAUAAAAUCAUCAUUCCUUAAGAAUA